UUAAAUUUACAUUUUCUAUGGGUCCUGACUGAGUGAACGUGUGUGUGUGUGCUACAGCUACGGAGCAGUUUACAAAAACAGAGUCCCGCAGACACACCUCAAGCCAAGAAGUGAUCCGGAGACACACUGAUGGGGCCUUGAACCACUUUGUCAUUUUAAAUAUCAAACAACUCGAGUUGGAAAGUCGGGUCGGGGUCGACUUUGAGGUAGAUCCGUGUGACCCUGGUCUAUCGCUGUCACCAGGGAGGAGUGUCAUGGCAGAGCCCGACUACCUGGACGGAGACUGUGAUGAGCUCAUCAAACCUAAAAAGCUGAUCAACCCAGUCAAAAACUCCCGCAAUCACCAGGACCUGCACCGAGAGUUGCUCAUGAACCAGAAGAGGGGUCUGGCUACACAGAACAAACCUGAGCUCCAGAAGGUGCUGGAAAAGAGAAAGAGGGAGCAAGUUCUCAAGGCUCAGAAGGAGGAGCAGGAGGCCCACAAGAAGAGGAGCGACCUGGAGAUAGAGCUCAUGAAAAGACAACAGAAACUAGAGCAGCUGGAGCUGGAGCAACAGAAAAAUGAGGAGGAACAGGAGAACACCCCUGAGUUUGUGAAGAUGAAGAGCAACCUGCGCAGAACCAAGCAGGAGGCUGACGGGGAAGAACGGACCACCUAAAAACCAGCCGGGGUGUCUGGGUCUGGCUGAUUGUGUGCGUGUUUGUGAACACGAAGACUUCAGGAGUGUGUGUGUGUGUGUACAAAAGAGAGAGAGAGAGAGAGAGAGUGUUGUCUGUGGUGCACAGCGGUGACCAAGAUGCACUACCUGGCUUUCCCAAACUAGCUGUUCCUUCCCGCAGUGAGGAGAGAGACUUUACAGACUAAAGCCCCCCCCUCUGCCUGCCUGCCUUGGACCGCCAGUACUCACCUCUGCUCCUCGCACCCAUCCAGCAGCACACAGCACCCCCUGCAGGAGGGACCUAACACAGACAUGUUUCAUGCUAAACGCCUUCCGAGGGCGAACAAGCUUCCAAUGAGCUCUGAUGGAGAAAACAACCACACACACACACACACACAUACAUACUCACUCAUCCCCUCUGUUUUCACUCUCUCCACAGCAAGCUGUUGUUUCUCUUUACUGUUAUCAAUGUUGUUAUUGUCGUUGUUGUUUUUGUUCUCAUCUUCAGAAUCAAAUAAGGAAAAGUGGACACUGGAUGGACUCUUGAAGCUGUGUAAUGUAAAAGCCAAACAACUGUGCUUUUGUUAUUUAUGUUUGUAGCUUUUAGCCCAGGUAUAGGGGAGGACACUUUUAGUCGUUCUGUAUUUUAAUUUGUUUUACAGUAUAGUUGAUGAAGCCAGAACAGGACAAAGGGAGUGUAUGGUUGUGUGAAACACUCACGUUUGCUAUAUAUAUAUUUUUUUUUAAUUCCAAACAUGCCAUUUCCUCAGCUAAUGCAAUUUUGAGCAAUAGUAGAACUCUGAGGCAUGAGAGUAACCUUUUCUUUAUAUAUUAUGUUGUUUUGUAUGAAUAAAAGUGUUACUUAAUAAAUAAUUUAAGUUCUUGUUAGGGUGGUCUAUAAGAAUAGCCUUGAGCCCUGUCUGAUCAGUCUUUGUGUGCUUUUAUGAGCAAAGGACUUUUAUAGGAAGCUUACACAUAAGGCCACAUGUCACCAAAAGAUAAUAUUAAUCAGUAGGCUUUGAUAUCUGUGUGGCUCCUAGAACAACUCUGAUAAGAGUCUUGGAACUUAAUCACUGCAGUAUUGUUGUCUUUAUAAACAAUGGAGCCAUAAAUGAGCAGACAGAUAAUUUAAGUUGAUUUAUCUGAAUAAAAGUGGCCGUUAUCUGCCAAACAA